AUGAAGUUCUUUAAUAAAGAUUAGCAUUCAGAUGAUUGUUUUAAAGACAGCACGAAACCGAAUAAUAAUAAUAAUGCUUUUUAUAACGAUUAAGAUUUUAGUAUGUCCAGUUUGGAUAAUUAGUUUGGACUUGAUUAGCAUAAAAAAUAGGGGAUGAAUUUUAUCAAUGAAGAAAAUGAGAAAGUUAGGCAGAUGAGAAAAAAUUCAGUAGGUUAAUCGAUUUUGAACUUUGACUCCAUGCUUAAUUAAGAUAAAAUAUCAAAUACACCAUAAAGCAUGAGAGAUUAAAAUGGGGAUAUGCACAUAAAGAAAAAUAUUCAUAAUAUCAGAACAAAAAUAAAUUAGGAUUAUUCUUCAAUCUAAAGGGACGGAGCAACUAAACUAAUUAAUAAGUAAUAAAAUAGUUAGUUGGAUUUGAAUCCCUAAAGUAAAAAGGACCUCACUGUAGUUUAGAAUGGCGAAGAGCUAAACAAUUAUGAUAGAAAUAUACUGGCCCCAGUUGAUUCUUAAUAAAUGAUUAUGUCUAAAAGAAAAAGUUUUGAUACCUAAAGAUCUAAAUAAAUUAAUGGAGCUGGCUUGGAUAAUGCCGAGUCUGUAGUAAAGAUAAAUAGCAGGUACGAUAACGACUCAUAAAAGCGAUUCGAAUAAGGAUUGCUCCGUAGCAUAAAUCAUAACGACACAAAUCCUGCCUUAGACUAGCAUAAAGAGAGACCUAGAGAUGGUACUAUAGUUGCAUCAGGACACAGAGCUUAGCCUUCCUUUAAGUUUUUUAUGACGAUAAAGCCUAAAAUUAAGAGAUUUUUAUAAACAAAAACAGUGGUUGGAAGAACCAGAGUCCUUAACGAUACAAUAAGAAAAUAUAUUGGCGAUUUAAGUGACUUUGGUUUUGUUUUAAAGUAGAAAAAUUCAUUGAGUAAAUUUUUAACUUUGAUGUUGCUUUGGCUGGAGAGAUUGUUUGUCUUUUUAAAGUUUAAUAGAUUACCUCUUUUUGAUCCUGAAAGCAAAAUUAAAAUUAUACUAAACUCAUUGAUAGUCACUUAUAACUGCUUUUAUAUUUUUAUAAUUUCUAUUGUUUUAAUAUUUGAUGCUGAAUUGGGUCAUAUAGAGCAUCAUUUGACGUAUGUAGCGAUGGCAGCUUGGAUUACUGAAAUGCUUGUUGAAAUGAACACUGCUUGCUACCACAAUAAUUAAUUUAUUACUGAUAGAAAAAUAAUCAUUCAAAUAUAUGCAAAAGAGUAUUUUUUUUUUGAAAUUUUGCCGCUGAUAUUUGAAGGAAAAUCUUCAGACAAUACGCUAUAUAAUGUGCUAUUGCAUCUGCCUUUGCUUUUAAAAUUGAAAGGAAUGUCAAUUAUAUUAUCAAAGUUGGAGUUUUACAUCUUACAAAUACUAGAAAGACACUAUAUCUUUUAAUUAUGUAAAUUAAUUAUGUAAAUGCUUCUUUAUGGGCAUUUAGUAGCCUGUUGCUGGUAUUUAAUAGUUAAAAUAGAAGGUAGUUUUUUGAAAUCCAUAACAUGGCUUGAUGCAUCUGAAAUUGAUCAUAAUGAAUGGUGGGAAAAGUACAUAAUUGCAUAGUAUUGGGCAUUUUCUGUUAUGAUGAAUGUAACCACAAAACCCACCACUCCCCUUGAGCUUGCAUUUACUAGUUUUGUAAUGCUCAUUUCUUGUAUUGCAUUUGGUUAUCUUUUAAGCACAGUAGCUGAAGUUAUAGCAGAUCUUAAUAAAUAGCAGGAGGAAUACAAAAGAGAUCUCAAUACUCUAAAUUCUUAUAUGAAAAGAAAAAAAGUCGAUUUGAGCGUGAAAAGAAGAGUCAAUAUCAAUUUGAAAACUUACUACUAAUAAAAGAGUAAAGAUAAUCUGUAAGUUGAAAAGGAGGCUUUAAAUAAAUUAAGUAGUGAAAUGUUGCAAGAAUUAAAUUAACAAUCAAGCUCAAGGAUUAUUAAAUAGUUCCAAUUUUUUUCUAAAAUAUUUUCAGAGUAAACCACAUCAAAAUUGUAUUCCAUAAUGGAAGAAGAAGUCUAUGCUCCUCAAUAAAUCGUCUUCACAAAAAAUCUUUAAACUGUGGAUUAGCAUUAUUUGUAUCUUAUCAUUAAGGGUGAAGUUGUAAUCUCAAUUGAAAAUUUCAUCGCCCCGAAUGAAUUAGAAGAUCAAUCUCAAAUUUUCAAUGAAGAAGAUGAAGAUGAGGAUGAAGACCCCGAAGAUUACUUUAACUUAGAACAAAAUUAAAAGAUAUAACCUUGCAUAGUUAGGAAAAAUAAAACAAUGGAAGACAAAGGAGGAGUGAAAAAGAAAAUGGUUCACUUAAAGUAAGGCAAUAUUUUUGGAGCUUACUCAUUUUUCACAGGAAACGAUAGAUAUAUUGAUGUUUAAUGCAAACAAUAUACAAAUCUUAUAAAAAUAAGCAGAGAUAACUUUAUCAGUAUAUUAAAAGAAAAUAAAAAAGACUAUGAAAGAUUCUGUGAAAUCAGAGAUAAAAUGACUUUCAGUAGAUAAGUUGAUGAUAUUCCAGAUUAAUAUUGCUUUAUUUGCAACUAAAAAGACCACUUAUUUGAUAAGUGCUGUUUUGGUCAUUUCAACAAAGAAAAUAUGUUCAUAUACUACAAGUAUAAUUAUAGUAGCACAUAGGAAAGAACUUCAAUUGCUAAUAGGACUGGAUAAAAGCUCAACUCUCUUAAGUUAGUUGUAGAUAUAAAUAAAGAAGUUACUGACUUUAGACUUUAGAAGGGAAUGCAAUAUUAUACAUCUGAUGAUGAAGAGUAAGAAUCUCUAGCUAGAUCUCAAUCUGUUUAUUCUCAAAAGUCUGACUCAAACACUAAAAUGAAAAAAUCAAAAAACAUCAGCAGAUUCCAUCAAGAAGAUGAAAAUUCUAAACUAGUCUAUUCAUAAUAUCAUACCUAAAGCCCUUCACAGUCCAAACUUUACCCUUCAUCUGAUGUUGAAAUAAUAGUCCCAGAUUAAGAAGGAGGUAGAAAAACAAUAAGUUAAAAGCAAACUCUAGACAUAGACGACUAAAGCUUAAUUAAUGAAGAGAGUCAAAUUCCUUUAAGAUCUCCAAAUAUUUAAAAAAGAUCAAGUAUUGUAAGAGCUACCAAACCUAGAAGAUCUUUUGUUAAAUUCGAUAAUUAAUCAACUAAUGCAGCAACUGGAGUUAAUCAAAACAACAAUAUAGUAUAAAUCCCUAGCACCAUUUCUGCUAACAAUACAAAUAGUAUUAAUACUGCUGCUAGAGGUAACGCAGGAGGUUAAGGAGUUCCAAUAAAUGACUAAUCAUCAAAUAAUAUCGGAAACAGAAGAAAAUUAUCAUACCUUAAUCUAGCUUCGCCUAUGAUGGGAGCUGAAUAUGACAAUUUGACUGCUUAAGAGCUCAUGUAAAAAAGAAAAAGUUUUAACUAGCAAACAAAUUAUUAAACCUUUGGAACUAAUUAAAGCAUAGGAAAUAAUUAAAACUAAAUUAUCAAUAAUACUGGUAAUAAUAGUAACUUAAAUAACAACUUAAAUUAAAAUAACAAUCCAAAUAAUUUUUAUAGUCCAUUCAAUAAUCCACCAUACUCUAAUUUCCACUAAAAUAGGAAUUAGACCAUAAUUCUUAACAACUAAACCUAGUAAGAAGUAGAUUAAUGUGCUUAAACUCAAUUUACAAAGCUGUCUAAUAACAAUAAUAACAAUAAUAACCCAAAAAGUAUGAAUAAUUUGAAUUUUAGAAAAACCCUUACAAUGCUACCUCAUUAAAUGUUGGAUGAAUAACAAUUUGUUUGGGGUUUUGAUAAAUAAAAAGACUACUAGUCCUAUUUCCCUUACUACAAUUUAACUAAUGUAGUAAAAAGGGUUAAUAAUUAUUGGACUAAGACUAUUAAGCUUAGAAAAUUAAAGUAAUCAGGAAAAAAAAUUACAGAAAUAAGCUUAAAAAAGAAAAAAGUGUAGCAACCAGCUUCCAACGCUAACUUUAAUGGAAAAUAACCUUCAAUGCAAUCUAUUUCCAGGAAAAAAUCUUAUAAUAUAGAUAUUUAAAAACAGAAGAAUGACGGAUUUAAUCUUAACUUAGUACAAAUAGAUGUAAAUAAUAGAUCUGAAAGAGCUGGUUCUAAUGUUAAUAUAACUACAAAAGAUGAUAAAAUUUUAUAAGAUUUCUUCAAACUGUAAGGAGGAAAUUGA